UCCCUGAGAUCAGCUGAUCAACAGUGACAACAAGGGGGAAAACAGACGAUCUUGGGACUUGUAUCUACCGGGGCACCAGGUUCACCCGCUGCGAUCCAGAUAGUUAAAUCCUUUUAUCGGGGAAAAAAGGGAUUCCCUCCCUGUCCACCGCCGGGUUUAGUAGUUAAAAAGAGGAGCCGGGGGAGGAGACAACGAUUUGAUUACUUAGUCACUGAGACUUACAGGGAGGAAAAGGAGGAGGAGGAAGAAGAUGCCUAUUGUUUUAUAAACAAUAGAUCGGGCUGCGUUGUUCUUCUGUACGACAUUACAAAGAAAAGACUUGGCUUACAUUUUGGAGGCUUAUCAGAUUGUUUUUCUUACAUGUAUCCAAGUUUAUUGUGACUUUAAGUGUGGAAUUUUGUAGCCCCCCUCAGUCAUUAUGGAAAUUUGUAUUUACAAUUCUUAGGCCAAGUGGAUUUUUUUUAUGCAUUUCAUGAAAGCAUCAUAGAAGUGAAGAAUCAAAACUGAUACAUAUAUCCCAGCUUUUAUAGUUUCCUCUCUUAAGACAAGAACUAAUUUUAGUUUGGCAAACCAAUGUAUCUGAUAAAAAACCCAGUUUUAUAAAGUAAUAAUUUGUGGAAGAUGAGUGCCCAACCUCCAUCUGUAGAUAAAGGACUGAAUACCGCACUUUUGUGUCAGGAAAGCUAUGCUUGCAGUGGCACAGAUGAAGCAGUCUUUGAAUGUGAUGAAUGUGGAAGCUUGCAGUGCCAGCGUUGUGAAGAAGAACUGCACAGACAAGAAAGACUUCGAAAUCAUGAACGGACUCGAAUCAAACCUGGCCAUGUCCCAUAUUGUGACACCUGCAAACUUACAAGUGGCAACAUCCUGCAGAACAGUAUCAUAAGCUCCAGACAAAGGGCAACAGUAAGGUGCCAAGCAUGCAAAAUAAAUUUAUGUUUAGAGUGUCAGAAGAGAACUCAUGCUGGUGGAAACAAGAGGAAACAUCCCAUUACCAUAUACCAUAGUGGCAGACAUCAUGGGCAACAAGAGGAGGAAGGAAUGGAUGAGGAGACCAAGAGGAAGAAAAUGACAGAACAUGUGGUAAGCUUCCUGCUGGUGGAUGAAACAGAGGAGAUUCAGGUAGAGAAUGAAGAAGAAUUUAUCAGGAAACUGAACUGCAAGCCUGAACAACAUGUAAAGGUUGUGUCUAUUUUUGGGAAUACAGGGGAUGGUAAAUCUCAUACCCUUAACCACACCUUCUUUUAUGGGCGUGAAGUCUUUAAAACAUCUCCAGCACAGGAGUCUUGUACAGUAGGUGUUUGGGCUGCCUAUGACCCUGUUCAUAAAAUGGUAGUGAUUGACACAGAGGGUCUUCUUGGUGCCAUGGAGAAUCUAAGUCAGAGGACCCGGCUGCUUCUAAAGGUCUUGGCUAUUUCAGAUCUCAUCAUCUACCGCACACAUGCUGACAGACUCCACAAUGACCUCUUCAAAUUUCUUGGAGAUGCUUCGGAAGCUUAUCUAAAACACUUCACCAAAGAACUGAAAGCAACUACAGCCCGUUGUGGACUGGAUGUCCCAUUGUCCACUUUGGGUCCUGGAGUCAUUAUCUUUCAUGAAACUGUGUACACACAGUUAUUGGGUGCUGAUAAUCCUUCUGAGGUGCCUGAGAAACUAAUUCAGGAUCGAUUCCGCAAACUUGGUCUCUUCCCCGAAUCCUUCAGCUCAAUCCAUUACAAAGGGAUAAGGACACAAAACCCGCCAACAGAUUUUUGUAGUCUCAGGCAUGCUGUGGAGCAGCAGCUAGAAAAUAAUACCACCCGUUCUCCACGUCCUCCUGGAGUUAUCUACAAAGCCCUCAAAGCAUUAAGUGAUCGGUUCUGUGGUGAAAUUCCAGAUGAUCAGAUGGCUCAUAGUUCCUUUUUUCCAGAUGAGUAUUUUACCUGCUCCUCUGUAUGUCUCAGCUGCGGAAGUGGGUGUAAGAACAGCAUGAACCAUGCAAAAGAAGGAAUGCCCCAUGAUGCUAAGAAUCGCUGUAGAUACACUCAUCAGUAUGAUAAUCGAGUAUUCACUUGCAAGGGUUGUUACGAACAUGGUCAAGAGGUUAGGGUAGUGCCCAAAACAUCUGCUUCUACAGAUUCCCCUUGGAUGGGCCUUGCUAAGUAUGCCUGGUCAGGAUAUGUAAUUGAGUGCCCCAAUUGUGGAGUUGUAUACCGUAGCCGACAAUACUGGUUUGGAAACCAAGAUCCUGUGGAUACUGUGGUGAGGACGGAGAUUGUACACGUCUGGCCAGGAACUGACUGCAGCCUGAAGGACAAUAACAAUGCUGCUCAGCGCCUGAUCGAUGGAAUGAAUUUCAUGGCACAGUCAAUGUCUGAACUGAGCUUGGGACCUACCAAAGCUGUAACCUCGUGGUUGACAGAUCAGAUUGCUCCGGCUUACUGGAAACCCAAUUCCCAGAUUCUGAAUUGUAGGAAAUGUGGCAUAUCUUUUAAAGAUAAUGACACCAAGCACCAUUGUCGGGCUUGUGGAGAAGGUUUUUGUGAUGGUUGUUCAUCCAAGACCCGCCCUGUCCCAGAACGUGGUUGGGGACCCACACCUGUGCGAGUAUGCGACAACUGUUAUGACAACAGGGGCGUUCAGUUAGAAGUAGCUGAGGCAUCAACAGAUGAGGAAGGAGGGACAGUGAUUGCCAGGAAAGUUGGUGAAGCUGUGCAGAACACUCUUGGGGCUGUGGUAACUGCCAUUGACAUCCCACUGGGUCUUGUGAAAGAUGCCGCUAGGCCUACCUACUGGGUACCUGACCACGAAAUCUUACACUGCCACAUUUGCCGGAAGGAAUUCAACAUCAAAUUGUCAAAGCAUCACUGUCGUGCUUGUGGCCAGGGCUUCUGUGAUGAGUGCUCUCAUGAGCGCAGAGCUGUCCCUUCUCGUGGUUGGGAUCAUCCAGUUAGGGUCUGUUUUAAUUGCAAUAAAAAGCCUGGUGAUCUUUAACCCUGACUUUCCUUCUGGGUAUGCAGUAACACCGUAGCUUCUCAGGGUUAGAUAAGAAGAAGAAGAAAAAGAAAAACUAGGCAAAAUGCAUGCUCCUCAUGUCUAGCCUUCUUUACAUGUGUAGAUUUCAGUAACGUGGAAUAAUCAAUAGCCCAGAGAAGGCUUGAUUGCCAGUUGUGAUCAUGGAAGUUGGGGAUGUGGAGAAGCUUGCAAUAAAUUGAGGAAUCCCAAAUCCAGUAUAUACCAGUCAACUGUAUGUAUUUCUAUAUCCCUAUAAUGUAUGCUAAAUGCAGCUGGCUGAUGAAGCAUUGAUAAUUUACUGUUAACAGUGAAACGUAAAUAGAAAUUGGAUUUUGUUUUUUAAAUGUAAUGGAUCAAGCACAACCUCUUGAGUGCCUUGGGAUUCAUUUGCUUGAAGCAUUCUGCUACUUACAGCAUCAUGAAUUUCAAUAAUUGUGAUUCUACAAGUUGUUCACUUGAAAUAAUCACCAUUCAUGAGCCUUGGUUUUGAAUACAGAGUACCAGGCCUUUGGUCUGGCCAUUGCAACUCUUAUCACCCCUAUUUGUUUUAUCCCAUUCUGGCUUCCUUCUGCUGGUAGGGUCUUCCCAGUCAAAGCUAGAAAGAGGAAGAAUGCUUUUUAUUACUAUGUGCAAGGUCUGAUGGGCAAGAUUGGAAGCCCUUGUACUAAACACAGUUCAAGUCUAGAAAGAAAUUAAAUUAAAAUUAAAUUAAAAUUAAAGCCCUUCCGGUUUAAUUCUGAGGUGAUGAACCCUUACUCUUCUUAUCCACAAACUUGUGAGGUUGUGGAUUUCUUUGUGAUAUUUACUCAUUUCUUCAUCUAAUUCAGAGGUCUCCAAACUUGGCAACUUUAAGACUUGUGGAAGUUCGCAAGCCUAAAGUUGCCAAGUUUGGGGACCCCUGAUCUAACUUGUCCAGACUGAAAGCAAUGGUAAGUACAAAGCAAACUUCCAUAUCUAGCAAUGUAGUAUUUGUUUAGCUUCCUAAACUUUAGUCCUUUGUAAGUUGGCAAAUGUCUGAAAGGACCCUCGAAGCACUCAAAACUGAAAAUGGGCAACCCUCCGAGUGUACAAGCAAAUGAGACAAUGGCAUUUUUUUUUUACAACAGCCCUGAACUGAACCACUUUGAGGCAUUGAUCUAAUCACUGAAUAAAACCAUGGGAUUAUGCUUUUCCGUGGAUCUUGUUACAGUGAUAAACAAGAUACCAUUAGAACCUUAAUUUAAAAAAAAAUCCCUUUUUGCCUCUUCUGAGACAAAUGGCACAUUCCUGUGGUGGAGACCAUCUACAUUAAUAAUGGCUGGACUUUGGCAUGAUAUCUAACACUGUUUUCCAAUUUAUUAAGUAUAUUCUUGUAUAUCUUGAUGCCUGAAAUCCUGUUGUAGGGCUGUAUUAAAUUAAGUGCUAUAAAGGACUUACCCCUUCUGAA